AAACAGUUAUAAGUACAUUCAAAGAAAUAAGACAUCUUUCGACCUAUAAAUGUUUGAAUUUAGUCAAUCUUGAAAAUAAAACAAAAAUCACAAAUACUUGAGAGAAUAAAUUUAUAAUGUACGAGGAGAGAGAUCUAAUUCGUAUAUAAAGAUCAAGCAUUCAUUUUUCAUCCAACAUUCUUUUUCAGAUAUACUUCCCUUACACUAAACAAAGAAAAGAGAGCUUUGAUUACGAAUGGCAGAGACUGAUCAGGUGGAUGAUGGCUAUGGCCUUAAACUCGCUGAAUUAUUUGGAAAACAUACAUGUAAGAUUGAGAAAUAUUCAGUAAUCGACAAAAAGCCGAUCCGUAGCCGUCUUUUUGAAGUCGGCGGCUGCCAAUGGUAUAUUUUAGUUUAUCCCGAGGGAUGUGAUGUUUCCGGUUUUCUCUCCUUAUUUCUCUGUGUUGGAAACUAUGAUCAACUUCUUCCAGGCUGGAGUCAUCUUGCUCAGUUUACUAUGUCUGUGGUGAAUAAAAAUCCAAAGAGGUCUAAGUUUUCAGAUACGCUACACCAGUUUUGCAAGAAAGAGCAUGACUGGGGAUGGAAAAAGUUUAUGGAGUUACCGAGGUUACAGGAUGGGUUCAUAGAUGAAUUUAACUCUCUUACAAUUACUGCUCAAGUUCAGGUGAUCAGAGAGAGGGUGGACCGACCUUUUCGCUGCCUUGAUAAUGAUUACAGGAGAGAACUUGUUAGGGUGUAUUUGCCAAAUGUAGAGCUUAUUUUCCGACGUUUUGUGCAAGAGAAAAGAAGCAAGCUUGAGAAGUUGAUGGAGGACAAGGCAAGAUGGACAAGCCUAGGUGCUUUCUGGUCAGGGAUGGACCAAGACUCUAGGCGUGGGAUGUCUAGAGAGAAAAUGAACGUAAUCCUGACAGGGGUUGUGAAAUGCUUUUUCAUAAAAAAGGAAGUUACAUCCACUCUGGUGAUGGAUUCCUUGUAUAGUGCGUUGAAAAAUCUUGAAGGCCAACCUCAGAACAAGAAAGCUCCAAGAAUGUUAGAAGCCAAAGAACUGCCAGCUCCGGUUGUUAGUGUGGACAAAGAUAUGUUCGUAUUAGAUGAUUAUGUGCUGUUACUCUUAGAGAGAGCUGUUCUAGAGCCAAUGCCUCCAAAAGAUGAGAGAGGUCCUCAGAACCGUAUAAAGGCUGGCAAUAAUGGAGAAGAGUUUGACAAGGAGGAAUCCUAUGAGCAUGAUGAGAUGCAUUUAACUGAGUUGGGUAGACGAGUUGUGGAGAUAUGUGCUCUUUUCCAUAUCUUUAGCAAAAUUGAGGUUGCGCAUCAAGAAGCUAUUGUGCUAAAGAUGCAGGAGGAACUUAUUCGUGAGGAAGAGGAAGCUGGAGUUGGCAGUAAGGGUGGGCAAAAAAAACUUAACCAAAAAAACCGAACCAAGCCAAAGCGAAAUAAGUGAUAUGUUUUGUUUAUGGUUUGACCUAGAAACCCAUUUGCUUAUUGUAUUCUUUUCAAGAUUUUGGUUAAAGUUUGAUUUGGUUUAAAACCAGAAAACUGAAUUGUUUUUAUGAGAUUCUUUUGGAUAAAUUGGAUUUAUCCUUGAUAUCUCUUAUUGAGUUUUUU